GUAGGCCCCCAUGAAAGCGUUUUAAGAAUCUCAAAUCCUUAUCUCUCCGCCUCCCCAUUUCCCCUCAUAUUUUUCUUUCGCUUUACUUUGGUUUCAGUGCUUUAUAAUCAUACCUAUAUAAUUUACCCUUCCUUUAUAAAAUAAUAACUCUCUCCUCCCAUUCUCUUUCCCUCAACUCUUUCUUUUCUCUCUCCCUCUCUCCCUCUCUCUCUGGACCAUCUGCGGACAACCAUGAUGGCAAUGGAGCAAAUCUUAUCCGAGCUAAAUGGCGAAGAGUUAAACGAGCAGGGAUUGCCCCCAGGGUUUCGGUUCCACCCUACUGAUGAGGAGCUUAUCACAUUUUACUUGGCUUCAAAGGUUUUCAAAGGCAGCUUCUGCGGGGUGGAGAUUGCUGAGGUAGACCUCAAUCGAUGUGAGCCAUGGGAGCUUCCAGAUGUUGCAAAGAUGGGCGAGAGAGAAUGGUACUUCUACAGUUUGCGUGACCGGAAGUACCCAACAGGGCUAAGAACAAAUAGGGCCACCGGAGCUGGUUACUGGAAAGCCACCGGAAAAGACAGGGAAGUUUACAGUGCAUCCAAUGGAUCCCUACUUGGGAUGAAGAAGACGCUGGUGUUCUACAGAGGCAGAGCCCCGCGUGGAGAGAAAACCAAGUGGGUCAUGCAUGAGUACCGCUUAGACGGCGAUUUCUCUUACCGGCAUGCCUGCAAGGAAGAAUGGGUUAUUUGCAGAAUAUUUCACAAGAAUGGGGAGAAGAAAAAUCCAAUGUUCCCGUGCCACGCUUAUCUCCUGGAGUCUGCUGCUGCUUUAUCAUCGUCCACUACUUCCAACUCCUUGCCUCCGUUGCUCGAGACGACUCCAACAACACUAAUAGAGUGUCAAUCUCAAGCCGCAAUGCAGGCUUUCCAAAACCCUUUUCAGAUUCAUCAGCCUCCUGAAAGCGACCUGAAGAGCUUCGUAACCUCAGUCGUGUCCCAAUCCAACCUCCUUUCCUCGAACGAGCAGCCGUUGCAGCAGCAUCAUCAGCAACACAAACCACCACCACCACCCCCUAUCUCAAUCAACACCAUCUCCAUACCCAGCAAUAACAUAAACCCCAUUGCUAAUGCCAACAGCAACACGUAUACUCCGUCCGCAUCAUCAUCAUCAUCAUCAUCACUGCUGCCAUCGAUUCUCUUCAACUCUCUCCUCUCACAUCAAGAUUCCACAGUACUACUAAAGCAGCAGCAGCAUCAACAACAACAGUGUGAUGUCUUUAAACAGUUCAAAGCGGAGGCCAGCUUUACAACCCAUUUCGAGCCCGCUGAGGCCAACUCAGACUUCAUGGAUAUGAUGAAGAUGCAGCCAAACCCCCCCUCUUACCAUCAACAUCCCUUGUCUUUUGAAAUGGAAUGCAGUUCACCACCAGCCCCCGCUGCUGAGGUGUCUGUUCAUGACAUAUCAACUUCAAUCGCCUUCACCAAGGCCGGCUAUCAGACAAUGUUAGAUCCUCACAUCAACAUCGUCCAUGCCCAUGCCCAUGGAGAAUCUUGGCCUUUAGAUGCUUAACAUCUUUUUUCGUAUUUUUUAACUUUUCGCUUACUUUUUUAGUACUCAAGUACGUGGUUGUAAACUAGUAUGCGUCUGUAGCGUAGCGUCCAAUCUGCGUGUCUGCAUGUACCAAAUAUUUCUUUAAAAUCCAUGCUUUCCCUUCUCUAAAACCCAUUAUCCACCUCUGUACGUAAGCCGAAGACACCCAAUUAUGCUGGGAUUGGGAAUAUAAACAUAAAUGGGCGCUCUAGUGAAGAUCGAGAAUUAGGUGGGGGCAGGUUCAGCUGGAUUUGACACCAUUGAUGGGAUUGCAAGGUUCGUCUCAAGUAUAUUUUGACGUCACCUGCAAUUUAUUAGGUAUUUGAAGUUUGAAGAAGUUGGCAAUGGUACAGUGGUGGUUGCAUGCAUGCUCUUGCUGUGGGCUGUGGGCUGUGGGCUGUGGGUGGGUUGGCUUAGGACUAAGGAGGGGCUUCUUCUGCCCUAGGCCAGCCCUCAGCCUCCUCAUCUCAAUAAUAGCAAUGAACAGGAGCAAUAGGUGGUGGGAAUAAAUUUAAAGAAGCAUCAUUUAGUAAAGAAAAUAAAGCUGUGAUGAAUCUGAAUCACGCGAGUGGCACAGAAAAGUAGCCCCUAAGAAUUAUUA